CUUAAACAUCAAAUGAAAUGCUAGAAAAUUCACAGUGAGGACGAAGAGUAUAUGGAUAUAGAGAGACCCGUCACCAUGGCAAGAAAUGGAGAAGAACCUCGCUGUCCUCAAGAAAACGAAACAGAAGAGCAGAGAGAAAACGAAAUUGACCCGACGGCCACUGGGAGGAGGUGGGAGGUGGACUUGACGAGCGAGAUAUCGGAGGACGAAGAAGAUCUCAUAACCAGGCUCUACAAGCUCUUGGGUGAAAGGUGGGAUCUGAUAGCUGGGAGGCUACCCUGGAGGACCAAGGAGCAGGUCGAAUCAUUUUGGAGGGCCAAAACUGGGAGAGAACAUCAAGAGCAACAGCCCACCUGCAACCCCGAAUGAUACUCCCAUCUCGAGGUCGGUGUCGGUUAUAUGAAUCAUGUUAUGCAAUUCCACUUUAUUGAUGGCGGUUUUCUUAAUCAUGUUCCUCCAUGUAACUGUCUGAAUAAAUCUUUACUGUUUAAUUGUCCUUGUGUACUGCAUUCUUGCCUUUGAUCUUGUGUACCUGAAACUUUGAGUCACGAUUU